CUAAAGCUUCGCCAAAGCCCGGAGGUUGGGAGACCUGAUGGAAAAUUACCUUGUGAUGAAAAGGGGGAGGUCAGGGCUGGUGGAGUCGGACUCGUCCUGAGGAGAACGAGGAGGAGGAGGAGGAGGAGGAGGAGAGGAAGGAGCAGCGUUUGCAUAGGGAGGAUGUGCAUUUGGCCGAUGAGAAGGGACCGAGGUUGGCCAUGGAGAAACUAAAAGGUCCCACGGUGGGAUGCACCACAGCCACCUGUGGAUGGAGAGCCCUGCUCCUCCCGCAGCUGAACAGACAGUCCCUGUACGUGUACGGCAGCGAGGUGGCCGUGGAGAAGGAAUGCAUCCGGCAGCUGCAGAGCGGAGUCUUUGUCAUUCACCCUUUCAGCCCCAUGAGGAGUUACUACAUCAUGUGCAUGAUGGCCAUCACCUUCCUGAACCUGAUCGGGAUUCCCAUGGAGAUCGCGUUCCUGGACGGGAACAGCGGUCUGGCGUGGGAAGGCUUCAACGUGUUUUCAGACACGCUGUUCCUGAUCGACGUGGCUCUGAAUUUCCGCAUGGGCAUCAUAACGGAGGACGCAGAGGAAGCUAUUCUGGAUAUCAAGCGGAUCCGAGUCAGUUACCUGAGGACAUGGUUCAUACCGGACGUUAUAGCAGCUUUCCCAAUCGGCUACAUUCUGCUGUUUGCGGGCUUACACUACCACAACGAAGACAACCCCUCCAAGACCAACAAGAUGAUGAGGAUACUGAUGUUCGUGCGGAUCCUCAGCUUGAUCCGUCUCGCUCGAGUGUCCAGGCUGGUCAGGUUCUUCAACGAAGUGGAAAAAGUGUCAAAUGCAAACCUGGAGGUCGUCCGGCUGUUCUUCCGCGUCUUGUCUCUGUUCAUGAUGAUUUUUUUGCUGUGUCACUGGAACGGCUGCAUCCAGUACUUCGUCCCGAUGCUGGAGGAGUUUCCCACCGACUGCUGGGUCCGCAAGGAAAACCUCAUGAACUCCACAGUCAUUGUGAAAUACUCCUGGGGAGUUUUCCGGGCCCUGUCCCAGAUGAUCGCUCUCUCUUACGGCUCCAUGGACGCUCCAACAAAUUAUGUUGAAAUGUGGAUUGUCAUGGUCAGCAUGGUGUCCGGCUGCCUCAUGUACACCGUCCUUGUGGCCAACGCUACGACCAUGAUCGCCAACGUGGACCCAGCGGCCAAGGAGUACAAGAGCAAGAUGAGCCGUUUGGAGCACUACAUGGCCUUCAUGAAGCUCCCUCCAGAGCUGUGCCUUCGCAUCAACAGCUAUUAUCAGGCUCGCUACGGAGGGAAGUGGUUUGACGAGAAGGACGUCAUGGACACAGUGUCUUCAGCACUCAAAGAGCAAAUCCUGAUGGUGAUGUGCAGCCGCCUGCUGAGGAAGGUACCGAUGUUUCAGAACAGAGACGAGAACUUCAUCAACGCCAUCCUCCCCAAACUGGAGUACGAGGUUUUCCAGGAAGGAGACGCCAUAAUCCGACAAAACGUCCCGGGAAACCGCAUGUUCUUCAUCGACCACGGACAAGUUCUGCUGGAGACAGAGUCCUACGACAGGGAGCUGUGUGACGGAGACUUCUUUGGAGAGACGUGUGUCCUGACCAAAGGCAAACAUCUGGCCACGGUGAAGGCGCUGACCGACUGCCAGUGCUUCUCUCUUUCCUACAAGGACUUUCAGGAGGCGCUCCGGGGCUUCCCAGAUGUCAAGAAGGACUUUGAGAAAAUGGUCCAGCUCAACUCUGACGCUGAACUCGUGUAAGACCAAAAAAAAAACCAACAGUAUUUGGACUUGGUACUGUAUUAAACGCACAGAAGCUAUGCAUUUCCAGGGCAUUUUUGGGGAUGACGACUUCUUCGUAAGUUGGACAGAGAUGGACAAUAUUAGAGAGUUUUUAUUUUAUUUUAUUCGUCUUCUUAAGAUCGAUCAAUUAUCAGCCAUAAACCAAGUGAAACAUUUAACCUCAGCCUCCUCGAAAGCUGCAUUUAAGCCUCAAUGUUCAAAAAAAAAAAAAAAAGUCGAUGCAUAUUUGCGACUAAGCAGGAAUUCACAAGAAACACAAGCAGUCAGAACAUCGUACGUUUUUUAAAAACUGCUCAUUUGAACCUAUCUUAACUAAAUUUGAUUGUUGGAGCAUCCGUCAUAGUUUGGACCAGUGGUUCCCGACCUUUUUUCCGAGGUUUAUUCCCUCUGAUCUCUUGGACCCAGAUUGGGAACCACUGGUUUAGACCAACCUCAGUACACGAAAGAUUAUUUAUUGUACUUCAGUUGCAUUUAACAUUUAGAUGUAAACAGUUGAUUCUGAUUGUCUGACUUCAUGUGUUUCUUCCUUCUAUGGACUGUGUAGUGAUACAUCCUACAGGAUGCUACAGGAUGCUAGCAGCUAACUUCAAGGCAAAGGAUUAUGGGAAUGCUAAGAUAUGUGGGUGUUUGGUCUUAAACCAAAGUACUGGAUUAAUUAUGUUUUUUUUUUUUAAACUUCAUAAUGGGUCUGCACAACAUUUCAUGCAAUUUCAUCUGUUAUUUCUUGAGAUUUUUGAGUCUGAACCAAAGUUGGAAAUCCAAGGAUUUAGUAAUUAAGUCCCUAAUGAUGACUUACAAUGGUGAGCCAAAACAUUACGACCACCUGUUAUGCUUUGAGAGUCUUCCAAAUACCUCAGGCUGCUAAAACGUGGCCACAGAAGACCUGGUAAAGUAGUAGCAGAUCCUUUUCCUCGUCAACGCUGCAGACCGAAGUACAAAGCAUCGGCUGUGAGAACCAACAGUUUACUUAUGUUAAAUGUAUCUCCGACUUUGCCACUUGCCAUUGUUGCGAGACCAUCAAAUUAUUAUUCUUUUAAUCUCAUCGACUCAUUGUAGAUAAGACCCACCCUGCAAUAAAAUGGAACUUUGCUUUAAAAGAA